AUGCUUAUCCGCCUUUCUACUGCUUUCAUUGUGCUCCUUGGCCUGACGACCAUUGUCAGCGCUGGAGCGCCGCUGCCUCGUUACAGUGUUAAGCCCGACGACACUGAAAGGACGACGCCCAUUCCUCGUUACACUGUUAAGCGCGACGACACUGAAAGGACGACGCCCGUUCCUCGUCGCACUGAACGUUAA